AUCUGAACCACCGUCCAACUGACUACUGACGCCAGCUACACACAAAGCAGCAUGACUCGUUCCUCCGCUAUCGGCUUCAGUCCUUACCGCCUUUCAAUCUUCGUCCACAGCGAGGUGAGCACCCGCUGUAAGAUGCAGGGUAGACUCCCAGAUGUCUGGUCCGAGACUCUUGACAACCCCUCUGAGACUGCCACUCAACUCGGGCGCUUUGGACACCGAAUGUAAGCAAUGUAUGUGAGACACAGCUGAUCAUGCUGUGGAUGGAUGGUGAAGUGGCGAUGAUCACUUUGUAGGUACCGAGGAUAGGCAAGAAGAUACGAGACUCUGGUGGUGUUGCAGCAUACAGACUCGAUAUGCUGGUACAGCCCCUGGUCGCUGGACAGUGUUGUCUCUGUCAUAGAGAGUCUGCUGAAAGAUAUGGGUUUGUCGUUGAUGUCCGCAGGAGGGACAGGAUCAAGGAUACCUAGGUAUGUAAAGGCAAGUCCAGCAUACGACAUGCUCGUCCUGCGACUACCGUUACUUCAAGCUCGUCGUUCAAUGCGAGAGGCACGUGCUGCCCAGAGAGAAAGAGAGAGUGACUCUCCAAUCCAUCUGCACGUGCCUGUCUUUUGCUUGAGUCAACAAGGCUUCUCUUGUCUCCAGUGGUAACCGCCUUCUGAACAACUCACAAAGGUCGCUUGACCAAAGCUCCGCCUUCACACCACUAACUUUGUACGGCUUCUUCGCGCAAAAACUGUUCACCUUAGUCGAUAUCCAUUUCACAAUUCGACAUACAGCCGUCACCAUACCAUCGACCCUGUUUGACUUGACACUGGGCAUAAAAGGCUGGUUUCGAGCUUUUCAACUCUUUAGCCAUGGUUAUGCCUGUGCGCUACUCAGAAACCGUCCGUCUGUACCUGUCUGAUCAACUUACAAGACGUUUACUCAGGAAAACAAUCUUGUACCAAGACAACCAAACCAUAUCGCAUCAGUACCGACGAUAUACCUGCUUCCCCCUGCUUGAGAGAUGGAUCCGGAUCGAGCCACUCCCUGCGCCAGCCCAAGCUACAAGAUCUACCUAUCCGACGAAGCCAUCAAAUCCAUCAUCUGCCGCAGUCUUCCCGACGUCAAAGAAGACCACAUCACCAUCGAACAGCUUGGCUCGGGCAAAUCGUUCAACAACCGCAUUUACUACGUGGAACUCAGCCAACCCACUUCAAUCUGCCGGCCUACCUGGAACGGUGACGGCGUCGACGUCUCUCGAAACCCCAAGCGUGAGCAAGUAUCUUCCCUCGUGCUCAAGAUUGCGGGCUUCCCCUUCGGCGGUGCGAAGAUACAGAACGAACUCGCCUGUCUCCUCCUUCUCGAAAAAUACUGCCCUUCAAUUCCGACUCCCGCACUCGUUGCAUGGUCCGAAGACGGCCGUCGUAUCAAAACUCCCGUCGACACUCGAGGCUCGCGCGAGCGUUCUCUGUCUGUACCCAUCCAGCUCAAAACCUUGACCAUCGAAGAUGGAGACUCAACUGCACCCCGUGAAGAGACCACCGACCAGGGCUGGCUCUUGAUGACGCGCGCCCCGGGUCGAACCAUAACCCAUGCCGAUCUCUCCGGCGUCCAGGGCGCGAGCAUCAUGCACCAAAUCGCUGAACACGUUGCAACAUGGCGCCACUCCCUGCCUGCAACCCGCGCAGUGGGGAACAUGCGACUGAUUGGUAGCAAAUCCAUCCCUCCAGCUUCUGCGACGCUGUACGACAAAGCCAUCCUCCCAGGCUUGGACGUCUACAUUGAUGGGAUCAUUACGAAGCCGACAUCACAGUCGCCGUUGAAAACAUACCUCGACUACAUCACGCAUAUGUUCCGCGCGAACCUUCGCACGCUCAAGAACUGCAAACUCCUCCAGCGCAAUGAGGAACCCGUCAACACCCUAGUCCGACAAUUCAUCAAGGAUACCCUGCCCAAGUUGACCCUGCUCCACGGCAAGAGCAAAGCCACCAACAUGGUCUUCACGCACUACGACAUCUCGCCACGCAAUGUUCUCGUCUCGCCUGUCGGCCACGCUGCCGACUCCUCCUCUAACGUCGUCGUCAGCGCCGUCAUCGACUUCGAAUUUGCAGGCUUCUACCCCGCGGCCGAAGAGUUCACGCACACCGUCGAGAACAGCCAUUCGGAGUGGGCCGUCAAUCUCUUCGGCGAGUUUCUGUCCGAGUUGGACCGUCGCGAAGCCCUGCCCGCUUGUCUGGCCGAGAACGUCUCGUGCGCACCCAUGGACGGCGUCGAAGUCGAGUUCGGCGAGGACGAACAUAUCCCCUUUGGCGGACCGGACUUCCACCAGGCUGUUUUGCUCCAUCGUGUCGCGGCGAACAUUGCGCCUUGGUGGAUCAAGGAGAGCAGCGAGUUGAGCGAGGACGAACUCAAGAGCGAGCUUGAUGGAGCGAAGAUGAGGAUCGAGAAGGCGGUGAAGAUGCUAGGCAAGAUGGUCGAGAAGAAAUAAGGCAUGAUAACCAUCACCGACGGGGCAUUUUGACCAAGGGGCAUACAAAGAUGUGUGAGCUUAGCUGGGCACCGGUUUAGGGAGUUGCCACGGCGUGCGACAAUGUGAGCUGGGGAAUUCAGUUCAGAAGUGAUAUCGAGCUUUUACUGUAUCAUUGCUGAGUCAUUGGACUACUAACGUAGUAACUUACUUACUACCUGAC